UCCCCGGCCCUGUUUCACCCGCCUUAACUACGGAGGAUCCGUAGCGUUCAAGCCGUCGUACUCUCCCUCUUCCUCUUUCAUAUCCUCUCUUUUUUCAAACGCCAAGGCCAUCCCGCUCCUCUAUUGUCAACUCCCCUACCCUUCCCUGGCUCCUCGGCUGUUUUCCAACAAUGAGGAUCGCAGCCUCGACGGUGCUGUUCGGCGCUGCGUCGGCCGCCUCGUUCCAGCAGCAGGCCCAGCAUGUGCUCUCGGGCGGCUUCGGCCGGGUGCAAGACGCCGUGAAACCCGUCUCCGACGCAUUCGCCGAUGCCGCUGCCCGGCCUGCCCACGAAAGCUUCGAGAAGGCCUUCCACGACCUCGGCGCCGAAGCCAAGGCCCUCUGGGACGAGAUCAAGCUGCUCGUCCCGGAGAGCGCCUACAAGCAGGGUUCGUGGCUCAGCAAGCCCAAGCCGCAUCGCCGCCGUGACGACUGGGACCAUGUCGUCAAGGGUGCCGAUGUCCAGAACCUGUGGGUGCAAGACGCCAGCGGCGAGAGCCAUCGCAAGGUUGGCGGCCGCCUCGAGGACUUCAACCUGCGUAUCAAAGCCGUCGACCCGUCCAAGCUCGGCGUCGAUUCCGUCAAGCAGUACAGCGGCUACCUGGACGACAAUGCCAACGACAAGCACCUGUUUUACUGGUUCUUCGAGUCGCGCAAUGACCCCAAGAACGACCCCGUUGUCCUGUGGCUCAACGGCGGGCCCGGCUGCUCGUCGCUGACUGGUCUUUUCCUCGAGCUCGGUCCUUCGUCGAUCGACAAAAAACUGAGGGUCGUGAACAACGAGUUCAGCUGGAACAGCAACGCCAGUGUCAUCUUCCUCGACCAACCCGUCAAUGUCGGGUACUCGUACUCUGGCUCCUCCGUCAGCAACACGGUCGCUGCUGGAAAGGACGUUUACGCUCUUUUGACGCUCUUUUUCCACCAGUUCCCUGAGUAUGCGACACAGGACUUCCACAUCGCUGGUGAAUCCUACGCUGGCCACUACAUCCCUGUCUUCGCCUCCGAGAUCCUCUCCCACAAGGAUCGGAAUAUCAACCUCAAGUCCAUCUUGAUCGGUAAUGGCCUGACCGACGGCCUGACGCAGUACCAGUACUACCGCCCCAUGGCCUGCGGCGACGGCGGUUACCCCGCCGUGCUCGACGAGUCCCAGUGCCUUCAGAUGGACAACGCCCUGCCGCGGUGCCAGUCCCUGAUCCGCAGCUGCUACGACAGUGGCAGCGUCUGGGCCUGUGUCCCCGCUUCUAUUUACUGCAACAACGCAAUGAUUGCUCCCUACCAGCAGACCGGCCGGAAUGUCUAUGACAUUCGCGGCAAGUGCGAGGACAGCAACAACCUUUGCUACCCCGCUCUCGGCUGGGUCAGCGAGUACUUGAAUCAGAAGUCCGUCAUGGACGCCCUCGGCGUCGAGGUCUCGAGCUACGACAGCUGCAAUACCGACAUCAACCGCAACUUCCUGUUCCACGGCGACUGGAUGCAGCCCUUCCACCGCCUCGUGCCCAAGAUCCUCGAAGAGAUCCCCGUCCUGAUCUACGCCGGCGACGCCGACUACAUCUGCAACUGGCUUGGCAACCAGGCCUGGACCGAGGCGCUCGAGUGGCCGGGGAAGAAGGCCUUCAACAAGGCCAAGAUCCAAGACCUGAACCUCGCCGGCGCCGCCAAGGAGUACGGCAAGGUCAAGACCUCGGGCAACUUCACCUUCAUGCGCAUCUACCAGGCCGGCCACAUGGUGCCCAUGGACCAGCCCGAGAACUCGCUCGAUUUCCUGAACCGGUGGUUGGGCGGCGAGUGGUUUGCGCACUAAGCGAGGUGAUUCGCAGUGGCGGCGCACUUGACUGCUGUGUAUGUUCAUGAUGAUGCGGAUGGUGCUAGGACUGCCACUUUCAUGCCUUCGUUUCCGCGGUUCGCCAUAGAUCGACAUCCUGUUGUUUCUGCCGGGAGGCCACUGCUGCAUGAGUAGCGUAGCCAGCGAUCGAUCGGUACACCGGAGGUUGUUUUGAAUAUAUGCAUGCCUUCAUCUUUUUGCUAGAGAUGAAACUUGAUUAUGGUCCUUGUUCUCAGGAUGCCUAGACAUGUAGCGGAGCGAAGAUGAGUGAGGUGAGUUGGUAUUGAUACCCAGAUAUUCAAUUGGAACUACUGGUUU